AUGCGGGCGGCAGCCCCGCCCCUCGGCGGCCCUAGGCAGCGGGUGCGCCGCCUCGCGGUGCCGGGGACCGGAGCCGGGACGCGGGCGCGGCUGCGCUGGGCGCGGGGAGGGGGCGCGGCCCGCAAGUGUAUGGGAGGGAGGGGUCUCCGUGCGGCGUCCCCGGCAACCUGCACGUGGGGCCGCAGCCACGCGCCCACGCUGAGCGAAGCCUCAGCGCUCUGGGCCCCAGCACGUGGCGCCUCGCGGCGCGCGCGCGCUUGCGGCGGGCCGGGACGCCAAGUGCGGGCGGGAGCCUCCCCGGAGGGCGCGCGGGAGGCUCGCGCACAGCCGCCAGCCGGAGUCGUCUCCGGCCCACCGCACGCUAGGACGCGGCAGAGCUCGAUCCCGAGACUGCAGGCCCCGGGCAGGUGCAGCCCCUCGGCCGCGCGGAGCUCCAGCCCCCCAGGUGCCGCCAGAGGACCCUCCCCGGCCGGUGGCAGAAGAGCGGAGCCCGCGCUCUUCACGUGGAGGUGUCGUCCUCGCUGGCAGUUCCAUGGGACACCCCAACACCUGCCUCCAGAAGCAUACAGUCAAGGGGCCUUCCUGGGUGGAUCUGCCAAAAACAGAUGACGGCAUGUAAAGCCAGAGCACCUGAUGCACGUAGGAAGGAGGAGGAGUGCCUGGCAUUCCAGAGUGCCGUGGAGGAGGAGUGUGCACAUGGUGCCUGCCAGCUGGAACAAGGCAGGGUAAGUAAGACACAAAG